UCCACCCUCGACACUCUACAAGACUGUACAGCGUUCCCCUCACGACUCCUCUCUUCUCACCGGUCUCAUCACCGACACAUCUAUCACAAUGUCUGGAGGAAUCUCUUCCGUCAUCUACCAGACCCUCUUCCGGAGGAACGCUGUGUUCCUGUCUUCUAUCUUCGUCGGUGCCUUCGCCUUCGAGAUUGCCUUUGACACCGCCUCGAACAAGGUCUGGGACUGCCUCAACAAGGGCCGCCAAUGGAAGGACAUCCGUCACAAGUACAUCCAGGCAGCCCAAGAGGAGGAUGAUGAGUAGAGGAUGGGACUGUGAUGCAGUCCCCUUUUCACCUCAGCACAGAGCGAAAAUACCAAUGUAACUUGUUAUCAUACUGAUUGGGAAAUGGUAGCGGACUGGAAAUAGAGUUCUUUGUUCUUCAUAUGUAACACCUGAGGGCACCCAGUGUUUAAUCUAGCGUAGAAAAUAACAUAGGAAAAUCAAACUCCCAUAUAACUGAUUCCA